UGCAUUCACUCGUACUGUUGCCUUUGGCUAAAGUGGACGGUGGGCAUUUCAUUUACUCAAUAUUGCAUAGGUGUAUCGAAUUUAAAAAGUGAAUUAUUUUGUUAUUCAUAAUAGUAGUGCUGGAAAAUUGCGAAUAUCAAUAAAAAAAAUACAAAAGUGCACGCAUUUCAAUCGUAGUUUCUCCGUUCUAUAUCUAUAUUAUCAAUCCUUUACCGGAUAAAAAACGUACUGUAUUCUAAUCUCCCAAAAUUGACGAUGAUUCGUGAUCUCGAUGUAACCUCAUCUCUGAAAAAGGAUUCCGUACUGCCACCCAUGCGAUUCAAGCCGGUCGAUUACAGGAACAAGAACAUGAAAGGAAUACCGGAGCGGUUUCUAUUCGAGUGCGCCAUCAAAUUGAGUAUGAAACCGCUGACCUCAGCUACGGCAGCAGUCCUGUAUCAUCGAUUCUUCCGAGAAACUGAUGAGUCGGAAUAUGAUCCCUAUAUGAUUGCAUCCUCUUGCCUCUAUCUCGCCGGAAAAAUCAAGGACGAUCCGGUGAAAAUCCGAGAUGUGAUCAACGUCGCUCACAGCACCAUAAACCGAGGAGCUCAACCUCUUGAGCUCGGCGAUGAGUACUGGUCCAUGAGGGACACCAUAGUUCAAGCCGAACUGUUCAUUACCCGCAUACUGAAGUUCGAUCUGACAACAGUACAUCCGCACAAGUACAUGCUGCACUACAUGAAGUCUCUGCAGGAUUGGUUUGGCGUCAAGGAGUGGAACUCACUUCCCGUGGCGAAAGCAGCGGCAUCCUUCCUGCAGGAUUUCCAUCACAGUUCCAAGAUUCUGGAUCACAAACCGGAUCACAUCGCUGUGUGUUGCUUGGCAUUAGCAUUCCAAGCUUAUGGGGUUCAAGUGCCACUCACUGAUGAAGUGGAUGAGGUUACCACAUGGUACAAUAUUUUUUGUAGCGAUCUCACUCAUGAAAAGCAUUGGGAAAUAAUGGAAGAGAUCGUGGAAAUUUACAACACGGAAGCAGAAAUCGAUGAAGAUGAGGACUGACAAAACUUCUUCAGUGCCCAUAAUGCACUAGAUGUUCCAUGGUUUGAUGACACACCACACCAAUAGCAUCCCAACGAUUGAUUUUGAAUAAUAAAUAUUUACAAAUAUUGAAGUACAAUUUAGAGUAUUGUAAAACAUGUUCGCGGCCUCGUCCAAACCGUCUUGUCGAAACUACAGCAGCAUUUUUUUCUGGGAUUGCAUUGGAAACUACUCAUGGACUUGAAAACAAUGCAAACUUUUUUUUUUAUUUAUAAGUGAUACAGGUCGGUGAUAAUGUUGGGUUACAGUUUGUGAGUGGCGUGGAUAGCUCUCAUGGAUCCACAUCAAGUUACAUCUGACAAUCCAAUAUCUAAAGAUAAGACAUUUUUCAGGAUAAUAAUGCCAUCAGUUCUUUUUAUGUAAUCCCUUUAAUGUUAAUUCCAUUUGCGUACAAUGCGAAAAGAAAAAGGAAAUAUUCGUUAAUACCGGAAUACACUUUGUGAAAUAUAACAACA